GGCAAGGUUAAAAAUAUUCCCCCCGCAAUGGCUUGGUGUGACCGUGGGGUUCAAAUGCUGCUUGCCACCGUGGGAGCUUUCGUGGCGUUCAGCCUAAUGGCCAUCGCAAUAGGAACAGAUUACUGGCUCUAUUCACGCGCGUACAUCUGUAACGCGACCAACAUCACCACGGAUGACACACAAACACAGCCCAAGAAAACUCGAGGCGACCUUACGCACUCCGGACUGUGGAGAAUCUGCUGUAUAGAAGGUAUCAACAAAGGAAGCUGUUACCGCAUCAAUCAUUUCCCUGAUGAUAAUGACUAUGACACAGACAGCUCAGAGUACCUCUUGCGCAUUGUUCGUGCGUCCAGUGUGUUUCCCAUCCUUAGUACCAUUUUGUUGUUGCUGGGGGGAGUCUGUGUGGGAGUGGGACGCAUCUACAGCAAGAGGAACAACAUUCUGCUCAGCGCUGGCAUUCUGUUUGUGGCAGCAGGUCUAAGCAACAUUAUCGGCAUCAUAGUCUACAUCUCCAGCAAUGCUGGUGACCCCAGCGACAAGAGGGAUGAGGACAAGAAGAAUCAGUACAAUUACGGCUGGUCUUUCUACUUUGGGGCACUUUCCUUCAUUGUGGCUGAGACAGUGGCUGUGUUAGCUGUUAAUAUCUACAUAGAGAAAAACAAAGAGGUGCGUUUCAAAGCACGACGAGAAUUCAUAAAGUCUACCUCAUCGUCUUCGCCAUAUUCCCGCAUGCCUAGCUUCCGUUACCGUCGGCGGAACUCCCGUUCCAGCUCCCGCUCUACCGAAGCUUCCCGAGAAGCAUCCCCUGUUGGGCUGAAGAUGGUUGGCUCCGUGCCUCUGGGGGAGAUUUCCAUGUACACAUUGACCAGGGACCCUCUGAAAGCUGGGACAGACAGCUCCUAUAGCCCUGACCAUGAUUCUGGCUUCCUACAAGUGCACAAUUGCUUUUCCAAAGACCUGAAUGAUGGUGUCAAUAGGAGGACAACUCCAGUAUGA